CAUGCCCUCACGUCGCCUUCCUCUCCCUGCUGGGCUGCGCUCUCCUGCAGCGCGAGAUUCUAGAGUGUAAACCUCAUAAGGACAUAAACUAUCAUCUCAGAGGGCCGUGUGCCAAUCAGACGAGUCCUGGAGGAGAUUUUGCAAGGGUUUACCAUGUGACUAAGGGUAUUCACUGCAUGUCAGAUGGUCUCUCCAAGCCUACAGUGAUGGAGUCAAUUGAUGCAGCUGAUGGACAGCAAGGACAGCAAUGUGGGAAGGAACAAUCCCAGAAAGCCUCACCGAGAACUCUGCAGCAUGGCUGGGCUGCUUGGUGGAAUGGAUUAACGACAGGAGGCGGUGUAUGUUUGUUCGCCAUCUUGCAGAUAUUGCUUUUCUGCAUAAUGUUAUGGUACAGCGGUUUUGGGACAAUCCCAACAGCUCAGAAUGCCUUUGACCUGCUGUCCUACUUGCUAACACCAUUUGAACAGUUCAUCUCAGAUCCAGGAGAGGACCUGACCAGAGUUGGAAGCAUUGCGAUGUUAUAUUUCCUGCUGUCUUUAGUUUCGCUAGGAUUGUUACUCAUAGGAACUCUGAUUUGGUAUCUUGUGAAAACCCAUCCGGAUCCCCCCUUUCCCCUACCAGAGGACAGGCGUCAGUCUGUGAGCCGCCAGCCUUCAUUCACAUAUUCGGAGUGGACAGAGGAUAAAAACGAGGAUGAUUUUCUAGAUUUCGAUCCAGUGCCAGAGACGCCGGUCUUUGACUGUGUGAUGGACAUCAAAGCAGAGACGGAUCCAGCGACUCUGACAGUUAAAUCAGUGGGAUUGCAAGAAAGGAGAGGUUCAAAUGUUUCACUCACGCUGGACAUGUGUACCCCAGGCUGUUCCGAGCAAGUCUUCGGCUAUGUCAUGUCACCAAGAGAACAAUCAGCCCGAGAAUACCUACAAACGGCAUCGAACAUUCUUACCGCAGAGGAGCUACACAAGAAAGCAUUAGACCCUUUCAUACUCCAGACAGAGUUUUUUGAAAUCCCAAUGAACUUUGUUGAUCCAAAGGAAUAUGAUAUUCCAGGAUUAGUGCGGAAGAAUCGCUACAAAACAAUUCUCCCAAAUCCUCACAGCAGAGUGUGCCUUACCUCAACUGAUCAGGACGAUCCUCUUAGCUCAUAUAUCAAUGCUAACUACAUCAGGGGCUAUGGAGAAGAGGAAAAGGUAUAUAUUGCUACUCAGGGACCCAUAGUUAAUACUGUCCGUGAUUUCUGGAGAAUGGUGUGGCAGGAGCGUUCUCCCAUCAUUGUCAUGAUUACCAAUAUAGAAGAGAUGAAUGAGAAAUGUACAGAGUACUGGCCAGAGGAACAGGUCACCUAUGAAGGAAUAGAAAUCACAGUUGACCAGGUCAUACAAGCAGAUGAUUACCGAUUAAGACUCAUCACCCUGAAGAAAGGUGGUGAAGUAAGAAACCUGCGACAUUACUGGUAUACAUCCUGGCCAGACCAAAAGACACCAGAUCAAGCACCAGCCCUCUUACAACUGGUGCGGGAAGUGGAAGAGGCCAUGCAAUGUGCAGAAGAAAAGAAUGCCCCAGUCAUUGUCCACUGCAGUGCAGGGAUUGGGAGGACUGGCUGCUUUAUUGCCACCAGCAUUUGUUGUAAACAGUUGAAGUACGAGGGGAUAACUGACAUACUGAGAACAACCUGCCAGUUACGGCUAGACAGCUGUCUUCCUGAGACUGCAACUCUCUACAGUGCUUCACAUCAGCCAAAGGAUACAGAAGGAUCCACUGAUGGUCUGAAAACUCAUAGUAGGGCUCUACCAGGACCGUGACAGCUUGAAGAGAAGAGGGAAGUUCACACGCAUACUGAGAGGUGCAGAAGUCAAGAUAUUUUCAUCAUGGCAACCACAGUCAUGCAAAGGGAAAGCAUGGUCCAGCAACAUCACUCCAUUAAAGUCUCCAGCUCCCAGAUGCAACGUACGUCUCAGACCACCAAGAUUGUGGGAGAGGAAGUUGUUUCUAGGAAAUCUUCUACCACUGUGGAGUACUUCAGCAUGGUGACACGCUCCUUUGAGAUCCCUUUAGGAGAAAGUAUCCCUGAAUUUGUGGAGAAGCCGCAUCCACUGACAGCCCCUGAGGGAGACAAAGCAGUAUUUCGAGCUAAAGUGAAAGGUAACCCCAAGCCCAAUGUAACAUGGAAAAGAGAAAGUGGGAUACCAAUAAAAGAAGGUUCAAAAGUGUUUUUUGAUAGUAUCAAUAAGGAGUUUGUGCUAAAGCUGGAGUCCCUCACCGCAGAUGAUGCUGAUAACUAUAAGUGCAUCGUUUCCAAUGACCAUGCUGAUAUUAUCUACACUGUGUCCUUGAUUGUGACUGAAAGUCAAGAAAAGUUGGAUUUCAAAAAAAUGCUUAAAAAAAGGGGCCCUCCUGCUCCAAAGAAGAAAGCGAAGAAGGUGACUGAUGAGAAGGAAAUGCUUGAAAUCCUCUCCAAGGUGCCGAAAAAGGACUUUGAGAAGGUCUGCAUGGAAUAUGGCUUCACCGACUUCCGUGGGCUCCUCAAGAAGCUAAAGGAGAUGAAGAAGAAAGUGGAGGUUGAGGCAGUCAAAGUUCUAAAACCUCUUGAGGAUGUCUCAGCUAAAGUGGAUUCCACAGCUAUAUUUGACACCAUUCUGGAACUGAGGGACCCCAAUACUAAGAUGACAUGGUAUAAGGGUAAUGAUCCCUUGCGUAUUCAGUACUGCCUAGGAAAAUAUGAAAUAAAGCAGAUGGGUACAAAGUAUAUGCUGUACGUCUUAAAUGUGAAUGAAAAAGACUGGGGCACCUACAGUCUAAUUGUAGCUGACAAGAAACUCUCAGCACAACUGAAAGUGAUAGAUGAGCCCCUAAAGUUCCUGGCAGAACUGAAGCCAUUGAAAGUGACAGAAAGGCAGACAGCAGUGUUUGAAAUCCGCCUGUCCAAAAAAGUGCCCAAUUUCACCUGGAAGUUCAAUGGGAAGGAGCUGAAGCGGGAUGACAAAUAUGAGAUCAUCACAUCUGACGAUGGAUUAACCCACACAUUGAAAAUUAAGGAUGUUCGGCCCAGCGACAUUGGAGAGUUUAGCGCCCAGGCUGGGGAUCUGGUGCAGAAAGCGCCACUCUUCAUUGAACGAAUUCCAAUUAAAUUUGUCAGCAACCUGAAGAAUGUCCGAGUCAAGGAGAAGGGGAAAGCUUGCCUGGAGUGCGAGCUGACCUCUAAAGAUGUUACGCUGAAGUGGAUGAAGGAUGGGAGGGUGAUUGAGAGGUCUGACAAAUACAGCAUGACACAUGAAGGGAAGAGGGCAGAGCUGAUCAUUGACAAUGCUGAGCUGAGUGACUCAGGAGAGUACACAGUGGUUGCUAUGCAAGAUAAUGACCCAACGGAGUACUACAGCACUUCCAAUGUAACUGUGGAAGAGAGAUUUGCUACAGUCAAGAGUGGCAUGUCUGAUGUUCAGGCUCCAACUGGGAACCCAGCAGAGCUCUGCGUUGUCCUCAAUGAUGAGAAAGUAGAGGGAGUUUGGCUGAAGGACGGAAAAGAGAUCACGGAUAUGACAGGGAUCCAGAUAGUCAAGCAGGGAGCUGUCCACAAAUUGAUCAUUGACAAAAUGGGAGAGGAACAUGAAGGGAAGUACACGUUCAGAGCCAAGGGGGCAGAAAGUGAGGCCACCAUUGCCAUUGCAGAUGUUCCUGUCAUUGACCCAUCUGUGCUCGAGCUUUUGGCUGCACACCCAGUGACUGUGAAGGCCGGGCAUACAGCAUACAUCAAGGUCCCAUUCAAGGGAAAGCCACUGCCAAAAGUCACCUGGUUCAAGGAUGGUAUUGAGGUGACAGAAGAAGAGCGAGUUGUGAUGGAAAAAGCCAGUGACUAUGCAACGCUCACAAUAAAAAAGUGUGUGAGAGAAGACAGUGGAAACAUUAUGCUGAAGCUGAAAAAUGAUUGUGGUUCAGCUGUUGCUAAUAUGUUUCUCAACGUUGUUGACAAACCAAAACCACCGCAGGGUAAAGUGGAAUUGCUAGAGCGUACGGGAAAAUGCAUUAAAAUGAAAUGGAAAGCACCCAGAGACAAUGGAGGAAAGCAAGUGACCCACUUCAUCAUUGAAAAGAAGAUGGCUGGGAAAAAGUCCUGGAUCAAAAUUGGGGAAACUGAUAGCAAACACACCACAUUUGCCACUGAUAAGGUAGAGGAAGGUAAAGCCUAUCAGUUCAGAAUCAUUGCUGUCAAUGCAGAAGGUCUGAGUGAUCCACUGGAGACAGAAGAAAUCUUUGCUGGAGAACCUAUUGAGCCCCCUGGACUGGCAUCUCAACCUCAAGUUACAGAUGUUACUAAGGAAGCUGUCACCAUCACCUGGAACCCUCCAGCACAGGACGGCGGCUCCCCAGUACAAGGGUACAUUGUGGAAAGAAGGAAGAAAGGCAGCAACCUUUGGGUCCCAGUUACCAAAGAGCUAGUCCAAGAUACCAAGUUCAAAGUGGAUGGAUUGCUGGAGGAUACAGAAUAUGAGUUCCGUGUUACAGCUGUGAACCGUGCAGGGCCUGGACAACCCAGCGCAGCCUCAAACUCUGUUGUUGCAAAGGACCCCAUCAAGCCUCCGGGAAUGGUGAAGGGGAUCCAUGUGGUUGACUCUUCCAACUCCAGCAUUUCCUUGGCAUGGGAGCAGCCAGAUCAAGGAGACUUGCCCUCAGGAUACAUACUCGAGAUGCGUGCAGAGAACACCAAGGAAUGGACAAAAUGCUCUAAGAUCCCAAUCUCCGGCACCAGCUACACUGUGGGAGGCUUGCAGGAGAGGCAGAAAUAUUUCUUCCGAAUCCGAGCGGUGAAUGAAGCUGGUGUGGGAGAACCAGCGGAGCUAGAUGAAGGAGUCUUAGCUAUGCCCCCUCCAGCCCCUCCUAAGUUUGAUCUAAGUACCAAGCUGAAGAGUCAUAUGGUGGUUCGCGCUGGGACAGCCCUCUGCAUUCAUGCUGCUUUUACUGGUUCCCCUCUACCAACUGUGACCUGGCAAAAAGAUGGAAUUCCCACAAAAGGGAGAGAGAUCAUCACCAAAGGCAAGAACCACUCCCAGUUCCUCAUCCACAGCACCAAGCGUUUUGAUUCUGGUGUGUACAGGAUCCUCCUUAGGAACGACUAUGGUGAAGCCCAUUAUGACAUCCAAGUACAUGUGGCAGAUUUCCCACGGCCACCAAAGAAUCUGCAGCUCGUUGAGGAAGUGCCGAACACCGUGACUCUGAAAUGGGAUCACACCCCAGAUAUAAUGGAUGAUGGGCAUGCCCAUUACGUCAUCAUGAAACGUGACGCUAGAACUGCCACCUGGUUCACUGCAGCUGAGAAAGUCUACAAUAACAAGUACACCGUCACAGCCCUGGUCCCAGGGAGGAAAUACUUUUUCCGAGUUAUUGCCCGCAAUGACAUUGGAGACAGUGACCCUCUGGAUUCCAAGGAACCCUGGCACAUCUCUAAAGACAAAGAGCGCUUCAAUGGCAAGUUGAAGGAGUAUCACGAGAGAGACUGGCGCCAGGCCCCCCACUUCAUUGCUCCGCUGAAGAACCAUGCAGUGCACCGGGGCCAGGACUGCACCAUGAGUUGUGCUUUCCUGGGCAACCCCCGCCCGGUGGUGACAUUGUACAAAGGCAAUGUGAACAUCACGGCCAAUUCUAAGUUCUGGUACAACUCAACAAGUGGCGUCUGCACACUGAUGAUCCCCACCUGCAGCUCCAAGGACAGCGGCGACUACACCGUGGCCAUUGAGAACGAGCUGGGCCAGGAGAAAUGCAGCUGCGUGUUGACUGUGUAUGAUAAAGAUGAUAAAAGCCUCCUGGACUCAGUGACUGAAAGUCUUCAGAAGUCAAAGCACAUCACGUAAUCAGCAGACCCGGAUCCAAAUUCAUCCAGUCCAGCAUGCGGAAUAAUUCAAACAUUUCUGUGUAGUUUGACUUAGAUAUGCAUGGCUCAAAACAGCAACUGCACUAUCUUCUCUAGUGAUCAAUGAAACCAAAUGCCAAAAGGUGGGGCCUGUACAAGGGCAGUUUUGAUGUUUCAAUACUUUCUUCUACAUAGGCAGCUUCCAAAUGCUAGUGUGUGUGAAUGGUAAUAUUUCCAAUAUUGGAUGAAAAUG